UAUAAUUCCGGAGUUGACUUUUGUGAUUUUCAAAUAAAAAAAUAUUGGAUAGAAACAUACGGAAUAACAAGCGUAAAAAAAUAUGGGAUAGAAACAUACGGAAUAACUUAUGAUACAAAUAGCAAGGAAUACAUGAUGGUUUUUGAAUAUGCGGAUAAAGGA